UAUUUCUAGAAUCUGGAGACUGCGCAGUCUGUGCUCAGUUUCUUUCACCAGCAUCGAAAAAACUGCUGGAGCAAGCAGAACUGGGUCUAUCGCACGAAGGCAGGAUGUGUUCAUAGGAAAAUAAAAGUAUUGGCUUUGUGACUACUGACCUAAGCUCACGGAGCACAACGGCCGAGCUAUCUACUGAGACUCACUUAGCCGGGAAAAGAUGAUGUGGGAGACUUUCUUCACCUCCAGACACCUUCUUCUGAAAGUGUUUUUUGUGCAGUUCGUCGCUUUUCAGCAAACUUUAGCGGCACCAUCGCCAAUAAUCAAGUUCCCUGGGGAUACUAGCCCACGGACAGACAAAGAAGUGGCCCUGCAUUACCUGAACAAGUUCUAUGGAUGCCCAAAAGACAGAUGUAACCUCAUGGUGCUUAAGGACACUCUGAAGAAGAUGCAGAAGUUCUUUUCCCUUCAAGAAACUGGAGAGAUUGAUCAGAAGACUGUGGAAAUCAUGAAGAAGCCUCGCUGUGGGGUACCAGAUGUGGCUAACUUCAACUUCUUCCCCAGAAAGCCCAAGUGGGGAAAGAAUGGAAUAACAUACAGGAUUCUAGGGUACACUCCAGAUCUGGACGAGGAAACCAUAAACGAUGCAUUUUUCCGGGCUUUCAAAGUGUGGAGCGACGUCACCCCACUCAAGUUCACCCGCAUAAUGGACGGAGAGGCUGACAUCAUGAUCAAUUUUGGGCGCAAUGAGCAUGGCGAUGGGUACCCGUUUGAUGGAAAAGAUGGUCUCCUGGCCCACGCCUUUGCCCCAGGCCCUGGAAUUGGGGGUGACUCGCACUUUGAUGAUGACGAGCAGUGGACUUUGGGAGAUGGCCAAGUGGUGAAGGUGAAGUUUGGGAAUGCAGAGGGGGAGUUCUGUAAGUUCCCUUUCCUCUUUAUGGGGAAGGAGUACACCAGCUGCACACCCCAAGGCCGGGAUGAUGGCUUCCUCUGGUGCUCCACCACCUACAACUUUGAUGAAGACGGGAAGUAUGGCUUCUGUCCCCAUGAAUUGCUGUUCACUCUCGGUGGAAACGCUGAAGGGGCACCCUGUAAGUUCCCCUUCACCUUCCAGGGGACCAAGUAUGACAGCUGCACGACUGAGGGCCGGGACGAUGGGUACCGCUGGUGCGCCACCACCGAGGACUAUGACCGUGACAAGACCUACGGCUUCUGUCCCGAAACCGCCAUGUCGACGGUUGGGGGUAACUCAGAAGGAGCACCCUGCGUUUUCCCCUUCACCUUCCUGGGUGACAGUUACGAUGCCUGCACUUCUUCUGGACGCAGUGACGGGAAAAUGUGGUGUGCUACCACUAGAAGCUAUGAUGAUGACCGCAAAUGGGGCUUCUGUCCGGACCAAGGCUACAGUCUGUUCCUGGUGGCUGCCCAUGAGUUUGGCCAUGCUCUUGGGUUGGAGCACUCCCAGGAUCCCGGAGCCCUGAUGGCACCCAUUUACACCUACACAAAGAACUUCCGUCUGUCUGAUGAUGACAUUCGAGGCAUUCAGGACCUCUACGGAAUCCCAACAGACAAGCCCCUGCCUCCCACCCAGGGUCCCGUCACUCCCAUGGAUCUUUGCAGUGAGGAUAUUACCUUUGAUGCAGUAGCUCAGAUCAGAGGAGAGACGUUCUUCUUCAAAGACAGAUUCCUGUUUAGAUCCGCCAACUUCAGGGCAAAGCCGAACGGGCCCAUGCUGGUAGCCACUUUCUGGAGUGAGCUCCCAGAGAAGAUUGACGCCGCCUAUGAGAACCCACUGGAAGAGAAGACUGUGUUCUUUUCUGGGAACGAGAUGUGGAUUUAUUCAGCUAGCACUCUGGAAAGAGGCUAUCCUAAGAGGAUCUCCUCGAUGGGUCUCCCUGCUGACCUGCAGCGCAUUGAUGCUGCUUUCUCCUUUAGCAAGAGCAAGAAAACCUAUUUAUUCGCUGGAGACAAAUUCUGGAGGUACAACGAAGCAAAGAAAAAGAUGGACCCUGGCUUCCCCAAGCUGAUUGCAGAUUCCUGGAGUGGCAUUCCAGACAAAGUGGACGCCGCCUUUAGUCUGAAUGGGAACGGUUUCAGCUACUUCUUCAAAGAGGGCUACUAUCUGAAACUGGAUGAUUCGAGCUUGAAGAUCGUCAAAGUAGGGGAUGUGAAGACUGACUGGCUCGGCUGCUGAGCUGCAGCA